GUGGUCACCGGGUUCGGUCGAGGGAGUAAACAGAUGGGGGUGCCGACGGCGAACUUGGACCCGGAGACGUGCGGCGGCGAGGCGGUUUUGAGCGCGCUUCCGCUCGGCGUGUAUUUCGGUUGGGCCAAACGCGAAGGCGAGUCAAACUGGCACGAGUGCGUGCUUAACGUCGGUAAGCGACCGACGUUUGUCGACGGCGACGGGACGACGAUCGAGGUGCACGUCAUGGGCGCGAGCGACGCGACGCCGGAGUACGAGGACGAUUUUUACGGCGAAACCAUGCGCGUCGACGUGUGCGGAUUCAUCCGUCCCGAGUUGCGAUUCGAUUCCUUGCCCGAACUCGUGGCGCGCAUCAAGACCGAUAUCGGCCUCGCGCGU